AUGUCAUCAGAUACGGGAGUUUUACGUACUCCCGAAUCGGCAUUUGAUAAUCUUUUAGAUUAUCCAUUUCGACCAAACUACAUUGAUUUAGCAAAUCCGGGCUCGAUCGGUAAUGGCCGAACAAAACUACGUUUACAUUAUCUAGACGAAGGAAACAAGAAUAGUCCGGACACGAUUUUAUUGUUACACGGCGAGCCAAGCUGGAGUUAUUUGUAUCGACAUUUUAUUCCAGUCUUACGCCAGUAUCGAGUUAUAGCAGUUGAUUUGAUUGGAUUUGGAAAAUCGGAUAAACCAGCCAAUAAAGAAGAUUAUACUUAUCAAAGACAUGUGAAUUGGAUACGAGAGUUUAUUGAAAAACUGAAUUUAAACAAUAUUACAUUGUUUUGUCAGGAUUGGGGUUCUUUAAUUGGUUUACAAUUGGUUGGAACGAACGGAGUCGGUGAUCGUUUUGCUCGAGUUGCCGUUGCUAAUGGUGGAUUACCUACUGGUGAUGGAAAAAUUUCACAAGGUUUUCUUCAAUGGCGCAAUUUUGCAGCACAGCAGACAGAAAUGGAUGUCGGCAACGUAAUCAAGUUCGGAGUGGUCAAAGAUAUGAAACCGGAAGAAAUCGAUGCAUACAAUGCUCCAUUUCCAAAUGAGAAAUACCAAGCAGGUGCUUUAAUAUUUCCAUUGUUAGUUCCCAUCACUCCGGAUAAUCCAUCAUCGGAAUAUAAUCGUCAAGCAUGGAAGAAUUUGAAGAAUUUCCGUCGACCUUUUCUAACGCUUUUCUCGGAUUCCGAUCCGAUCACAGCUGGUCUUGACAAAGCUCUGCAAUCAAUGAUUCCAGGCACCAAAAAUCAACCACAUACGACAAUUACCGAAGCUGGACAUUUCUUACAAGAAGAUAAACCCCACGAAAUCGCCGAACAUCUGAUCAAGUUUAUCAAAAAUAAUCCUUUGGUAUCUUCACGAUUAUAA